GGGGAGACAGAGACAAGAAGAGAGAGAAAGAGAGAGAAAGAUAGAGAGAGAAAGGCUUCGACUUUCAACGCGCAUAGGAAAAAGGGGGCAAGUGAGAUAGAGAGAGAGAGAGAGAGAGAGAGACGAAUGGGGGCAUCAGAAUCAUGAACACAACCACCACCACCACUAUCACCACCACCACCUCCUCCUCAUACACCAUCACGACCUCCUCCUUCACCGUCACCACCAAAGCUUCCUCUACUCCUCUCUCUCUCUCUCUCUCUCUCUCUCUACAUUCCCCACUGUCUCCGUGAAUCCCGGUUUCUCUCUCUAGGUUUCUACUCGCAAUUGGGACAAUAAUCGCCGCCUCUCCUCACUCCCCUCCCGCCGGCUCUGCACUCUCUGGUGCCGUCCGAUUCGGGUUUCCGCCUCAGUCCCGGGGCUGCCGGGUCCCUCCUCCCCGUCCGCUGCUGCUCUGGUAUUGCGACCUACAAUGCAGCACUGGAACCCACGACUUUGCUCCUGUAAGGCAAAAAGUGCAGCUUUGGUGCAUGUUUUGUAGUCCAUGGUAGUUAUUGGCAUUUUACAUAGGGGAUAGUCACGUUGAUUUUUGAGUGAGCAAAUGGACUCUGCAAGGCGAUGGUUCAACAAGUUUGUCUCAAAAGAUAAGCCAAGGUCAUCCAAAAAGAAAGAAGCCACUGGUAAUGGAAAAGAUGGUUCCAAAAAUUCAGCAGGUGAAGAAGCACCUUCAAAUGUAACUAAGCAGAAGGCUGCAGCUGCAAAACAGUACAUAGAAAAUCACUAUAAGAAGCAGAUGAAAGAUCUCCAAGAAAGGAGGGAACGUCGUAAUAUACUAGAAAAGAAGCUGGCUGAUGCUGAUGUUUCUGAGGAAGAGCAAACCAAUUUGUUGAAAUACCUAGAGAAGAAGGAAACGGAAUACAUGCGACUUCAGAGGCACAAAAUGGGUGCCGAUGACUUUGAGCCAUUGACUAUGAUAGGGAAAGGUGCAUUUGGAGAGGUACGGAUUUGUAGGGAAAAGGCAACUGGUCAUGUAUAUGCUAUGAAGAAACUUAAGAAAUCUGAGAUGCUUCGUAGAGGGCAGGUUGAACAUGUGAAAGCAGAAAGAAAUCUGCUAGCAGAGGUUGAUAGCAAUUGCAUUGUCAAGCUUUAUUGCUCCUUUCAAGAUGAAGAAUAUCUCUACCUGAUCAUGGAAUAUUUACCUGGUGGAGAUAUGAUGACUUUAUUAAUGCGGAAAGAUGUCCUUACUGAAGAUGAGGCUAGAUUUUAUGUUGCAGAGACUGUUUUGGCAAUUGAAUCCAUCCACAAACAUAAUUACAUUCAUAGAGAUAUCAAACCUGACAACUUGCUGCUGGACAGAAAUGGUCACAUGAAAUUAUCAGAUUUUGGGUUGUGUAAACCACUGGAUUGCACUAAUCUCCAAGAGAAGGACUUCUCUGUGGCAACCAACCUUAGUGGGGCUCUUCAAAGUGAUGGACGACCUGUGGCAAGCAAACGUACUCAACAAGAGCAACUGCAGCAUUGGCAAAGGAACAGGCGGAUGCUAGCAUACUCCACUGUUGGAACACCCGAUUAUAUUGCCCCAGAGGUUUUGCUGAAGAAAGGAUAUGGAAUGGAGUGUGAUUGGUGGUCUCUUGGUGCAAUUAUGUAUGAAAUGCUUGUGGGCUAUCCACCAUUUUACUCAGAUGAUCCCAUGUCAACUUGUAGAAAGAUUGUGAACUGGAGAACCCAUUUAAAGUUUCCUGAAGAAGCAAAGCUGUCUCCAGAAGCAAAAGAUCUUAUAAGCAAGCUCUUAUGUAACGUUGAACACAGGCUGGGAACAAAAGGAGCUGAUGAAAUUAAGGUUCAUCCUUGGUUUAAAGGAAUUGAAUGGGAAAGACUGUAUCAGAUGAAAGCUGCUUUUAUUCCUGAGGUCAAUGAUGAAUUGGACACUCAGAACUUUGAAAAAUUUGAGGAGGUUGACAAUCAAAUUCAGACGUCAUCAAGGUCAGGUCCAUGGAGAAAGAUGCUAUCAUCAAAGGAUGUCAACUUUGUAGGUUACACGUACAAGAACUUUGAAAUAGUCAAUGAUAAUCAGUUACCUGGUAUAGCUGAGUUAAAGAAGAAGAACACCAAACCAAAAAGGCCGUCAAUCAAAUCUCUCUUUGAUGAUGAAUCAGCUGCUCACGCAAACCAGCCGGUUCAAGGGAGCUUCCUAAACCUCCUGCCUACCCAAAUAGAGGUCCCCGAGGAACCGACCAAAAUGCACUGAACCCAAACUGACCCUCUUCCAAGGUCUUACUUAGCAUCCCUUCUUUGGCAUUGUUGUCGACUUACCCACCAUAUCGAUUAAUUUGGAGAGUUUGGCUUUUUUUUCCUCCUGUAAAGUAGCCAAUGUGAAAGAACCAAUAUUUGUUGUAAUUGAUUGGGAUUUGAUGUGCAUUCUUUCCCUGUCACAGGUUCAUGUAACUAACCUUGAAAGGAGAGUGUCGUUGUCAAUUACCAAAGAAUAGGUGUGAAUAUGUAUGAAUUUGCAGCUCACUUAUAUAUUCUAAUGUUGUGUUUGGUAA